AUGGGAUUCCUUGAUUCCCAUACUCCUGUCAAACCGCCGGGCCAACGCCAACUCAUUCCCACUGCAGAUGGGUCCUGCAGCAGAUUGAAAUUAUUGGAAUCCUGCAGAGAUGAUCAAGUUGACUUGGUGGGCGGUCAAGAGCAACAUGAGACGAUGCUCGCAGACUUGAGCUUCAACCCACUUCUCCUAGGUGUUGCAUCUGAUGAGCUGAUCCGGUCACUUAGCGUAGACCCUUGGAGUCGCAACCACGAGACUGCUUGUGCCGGAACCGACGGGAAUCACAACACCACGACGGUGUUCACGAUGCCGCCCGACGUACUUGUACGUCUCUCCGGCGGUAUCGAGGCAAGAUGGACUUCCCUCGAACCUUGGAACGAGCAAGAUCGACGGUGGGGCCCAACGGUUGUGACCGGAAGCCAAGGGUCCCUUACAACGAUUUUGGGACCAGAGGGGGUGUGA